CAAAACCAGAGACUCAGUCUCUCCUCCUUCUCCUCUCGUCUCCAUAUCCAUUUCUAUCACGAUCUGCUCUUCUAGCUGUUUUUUUCCUCUCAAUCUCUAAGAUCUGUCAUCGUGUAGAACUGUAUAUCAUCAGUUUACCGGUUUGUGAGGUCAGUACAAAAGAAAAACUGGUUGCAGAGGACGAUGAAGUUGCCGUUUCUCCCCCCUCCAGUGCAACUACAACUAAAACUGCUCCAAUUUCUGAACAAACCAUCACUGAGCUUGUGAAGCCCAUUGCACACCUUGCCGUUUUCUUUGUUUCAGUUCUCUUUGUUUCUUUUGUUUUCAGAUGCCAGGAACAAUUCAAGUUUCAUAUACUGCUAGUGCAACUGAUUUUCAUUUUACUUUGCAUUCUUAACAGAUUUCUAAGAAGGAUGCAACUCAUUAAGUUCUUUUUUAAUGAGUUUUGUUCUGUUCUGUGUACAGAAUUAAGCAAAAGAAGCCAAACAUACAACUAUCGGCAAAGCUUCUCACAGGCUCUCUAGAGGAAUUCGCGACAAGGUACUUGUUGGGGUGAGGAGGGGUUCAGUAUGCAGGCAGAUAAUGGACAAAGAUCAAGAAACUAAGCAAUUUCUCCCGUGGAAGUGUUCCAUUUAGUUAAGGUCACCAUCCCUUAUACGAGGAUGUAUUGUUGAGAUUAUAUGUAAAAGGUGUGUGGGUAGCUACUGGACCUGGCCUUUCAGGGGUCAAAAUGGCUAAUAGGACUGGAAGCGUUGAUGAAUUUGAAAUUAAACCCGUUGGAGACAAUCAUAAUCAAGGACGGUUGGCAGUUGGCAUCUUGGUCGCUGGAUUUGUUUUCGAGGAGGAAGAUUUUAUGAAACCAUGGGAAGAAAAGGGUAACUUAGAGAGGUAUGCAUUACAGUGGGAGUCCAAAAAUAUGGUUGCACUCAGCACUGCGAUUCAGGACUGCUUAACUUCAAGAAUUGCGUUCGAGUUGAUGAAACAAGGUGCUACGAUGACUGUGUUAAGCACGCUUUUGGCAGCAUUAGCUUGGCCAGCUACAUUACUUACCGCUACUGAUCUUAUAGACAGCAAGUGGUCGAUUGCAGUGGACAGCUUUGCACUUAACCAAGUAUUACAUCCAAGAUCUAAAGCUGCUAUCUCUGUAUGGAUCUGGUUAAUUGAAUGAUGCUCAUGAGAUCAGAAGGUUGGAGAACAAAGCAGCAAAGCAGCAGCCAUUAGGUCCCUUAGCAGUUGCAAGAUUUGUAAGUUAUAAUGUAGUAUCUCCUUAUAGAUAUUUAAGUUAGAAGAACUUAGGAUUUUCAGAACUUAGGAAUUUCAGAACUUUCUACAAACUGAACUUAGGAAUUAAGUAUGUUUCUGUGUAUUAUGUCCAUUAAAUGAAUGACAUAGUUUGUAUCAAAUACUCAUACUUGUUGUUAACUUCAAUU